GUGCUUUGUUUACCUGUCCACCAUUUUCUAUUUCUGUUAUGUACGUUUGGUGACCUGCGAGCUGUGAGUAAAGACAUUUGGAGUGAUGGAUGAUCCUGGAAGAAUGAUGGGUCAUACCGGGGGCGGUUUGAUGGCUCCACAACCGUAUGGGAUGACCCCGCAGAACGAAGCUCCCGCUGGAAACGAAAAUGAGCCCCGUAAACAGGACAUCGGCGAGAUUCUACAGCAAAUCAUGAACAUUACCGAUCAAAGUUUAGACGAAGCCCAAGCAAGGAAACAUACUUUGAAUUGCCAUCGGAUGAAACCAGCGUUAUUUUCGGUAUUGUGUGAAAUAAAAGAAAAGACAGUGUUGUCACUAAGAAAUACUCAAGAAGAAGAACCACCAGAUCCACAACUAAUGAGACUAGACAACAUGUUGAUUGCAGAAGGAGUUGCAGGUCCUGAGAAGGGAGGAGGUGCCGGUGCUGCAGCUUCUGGAUCAGCUGCUGCUCAAGCUGGACAACCCGACAAUGCUAUUGAACACUCAGAUUAUAGAGCUAAGUUGGCACAAAUUAGACAAAUUUACCAUCAAGAAUUGGAGAAAUACGAACAGGCUUGUAAUGAAUUUACAACUCACGUAAUGAACCUACUUAGAGAACAGAGUCGCACUAGACCAAUUACUCCUAAAGAAAUAGAAAGGAUGGUUCAGAUCAUUCACAAAAAAUUCAGUUCUAUUCAAAUGCAGCUGAAGCAAUCCACUUGUGAGGCUGUCAUGAUACUUAGAUCUAGGUUUUUGGAUGCCAGAAGAAAGAGACGUAAUUUUAGUAAACAAGCAUCUGAAAUUUUGAACGAAUAUUUCUAUUCACAUUUAUCCAAUCCUUAUCCCAGUGAAGAAGCUAAGGAGGAACUUGCCAGGAAGUGUGGAAUCACAGUCAGUCAGGUAUCAAAUUGGUUUGGUAACAAGCGGAUCCGCUACAAAAAGAACAUCGGCAAGGCACAGGAAGAGGCAAAUUUAUACGCAGCUAAAAAGGCGGCGGGGGCUUCGCCGUACAGCGGCACGCCGACUCCCAUGAUGUCGCCGGCGCCGCCGCAAGACUCGAUGGGAUACUCCAUGGGCUCCGCGUACGAUCAGAGCUCCGCAUACGACGCCAGUAGUUGCGGAUACGAUCCCAUGCACGCUCAAGAACUAUCUCCGUAAUUAUACGAUUACCGUAUACGGUUCAGGACGUUUUCUGGGACAUUCGAAAAUAGUAAGAGCUAAAAGUAUUGUUUCCAUUUCGAUAAACGGGUUAUAUGUGAAAACGCGAGAGCUAAAAACUGUUAGCUCAUAGGUCAAGAACAGUUCAAUGUUCCAAAAAACACCCUCAAUUGAUAUUUCGCUCUUUCAAGAUACAUAAGUAUACUAAAGCUUGUAUACCAAUUUCAAUGUAUACUACUUUUUGUAUUUUGUGCAAUGUCUGUGUAUUUAUCAACUUGUGGCAGCUACCGAUUAUUUUUUUUAGGUUACGCACACUUUUCCUACACUUUUGUGUAGUGUUUCUGUUAUAUACAUUUUUAUUUUUAAAAUAUACAUCCUCUAUAACGUUCGAGAUGGUUCUUAAAGCAAAUGUGACUGCCUAGAGCUUUUACAACAUUAGUACAUGAACAGUAAUUUAGUAUAAAGAUUUUUUCAAUGAAGAAUUGGUUACCUCCAAAGCCAGAAUGUAAUGAGGUUGAUCUGGAACUGAUUAUGGACUUUUUUGCAGAAACUGUCAAUUUAUCGUUUCUACAGCACCUUUUCUUUGACAAAUUACAUUCUACUAGUUCCUUGAUAGUUAAUAAUAAAUCACACAAUGAUUCUACUAAUAUUUUCAUCAUGCAUAUAUGUUUGUAAGUUUCCUCUGGCCUUUCCCAUACAAAUUCAACUGAAGUACCCUUUAAAAUAACAUUAGCGACAAAUGUAUUGUUAAUAAUUCGACUGGGAUGAGGAGGGGAGGAUACAAAUGAGGAAUCUAGACACCAAGGUUACAAGUGACUAAAUAUUGAUAAUGAGAAAAAGAAGGUAUAACUCUCUUUUAAAAUUAUAAGUAAUUGUUUUAUACACAUGAAACGCUUUUUGAAAUAGCUUAGGAUUGUUACAUAAGCUGUAGAAUAAGUUUUAGAUCUUGUCUUUUUGCCCUUAUUUUAGAAUCCUUGAUAAGGUGAUAAGAGUGAUCGCUUGUACCCCUUGGCUUCCAAAAAAAGAACCAGAUAUUGACUGAAUCCUUUGGGUUUGUUUUGUAUAUGAAUAUUUGGAUUGAGUAAAAAAUACAACUGUGGUGAAAAUAAUGUAAUUUAACACAAAAUCAUUAACAUAAUGAGUUACAAAAUUGUUUACAUCAGUUUAAUACCACCAUUCCUGAAGUUAAUAACAGGAGUUUGUUGAGAGGUCGACCAUCUCUUGAGGACUUCAUGUUCAGCUGGUAACAGGUAGGAAGGUUGAUGCUUUCUGUGUAAAACAGUGUGUAUGGAUAUGCUUUCUCAAAAUGCAUACCUAAAGUUCUAGUACAUCUAAAGACUCAAAGUCAUCAUCCUCCAUUUGCGUCACCAUGAACUUCCUACUGUGUUAACUGGUGUCCGAUUCAAGUCGCUUCGCCUGAAAGGGUACUUAGUGUUCUAGAAUUUAAAAAGAGUUGUCUCGCUCCAAAAACAAAUCGUUCCUGUUCUAGAACCAUUCGUGUAAAUGAAAACUACAAAUAAAAAAGCAUACAGGAGAAUAUUAUGAACCUUAAGACCCGUCACAAACGUUAUAGAUGACCUUCGAGAAGGUUGUAUACAAAUGUUUGGUACAAGCAUUGCAAAUAAAAGUAUGCAUUAUGUUGC